ACUAAAAUCUAGGGACAUGCAGACUCCUCAUGACUCCUCAUGUAACCACUUCCACUAAGCACGUGACAGAUUAUCAAUAAGCCUGUAAUUGAUUCUUCCUGUUCAAUGCGAAUUGCAUUCUCCGGUCUAAUUGCUGUUUUUGUUUCUGUAUUCCUAAUUUAUCCGCUAGGUCAGUCUGCUUGGUUUUUGGCGCCCAGUUUUGGUGUAGCAGCUAUAUUUCGAUUGGUUCCUCAGUGACUCAGAAAUGCACCACCUCUCGUGGAUCCUCUUUCUUCGUCUUCGAUUGGGACCCUUUUUUGUGCUUCGUGUCAAUUCGCACGUGCGUAGAUAAAUUUGGGGACGGUGAGAACCGACCUUCGCUCUCUUCGUCGUUCUCUAUCUACUACUCGCAAUCGCCGAUCGUCGUCGUCGCCGUCUCGCAUACUGGUUGUGCUUUUUCAAAGCCCUCUAGCAAUUCGGAGCUCCGAUCGCUGCUGCUCUUCGUUGUACCUUCAGUGUGGAGGGAGUUUAUUGUGGCUAAAGCAUGAGUAGGCAGUGCAGUUCAAAAGUUUUCGUUUUUUAAGUUGUGCGUUACUUGGCAGUUAGAGUCAGCGUGGUGAAGGAUGAAGGAGAUGAAUGUGCAGACACACAUGUCAGGACAGAUAUCUGGGCAGGUGCCCAAUCAGGCAGGCACUCAGAUGCCUGUGCUGCCCCAACAUAAUGGAAAUUCCUUUCCCACAUUACGUUCAAUUAUGCAAGAAAAGAUCUGUCAAAUUAUACAGCAGCAGCAACAUCCCCAGCCAAUGAGUGACACAAAGUUUAGGGAGAUUGUUAAAAAAUUGGAUGAGGGUUUGUUGCGACAUGCGCACACAAAGGAUGACUAUAUGAACAUGGAAACGUUGGAGAGUCGUUUGCACAAUUUGAUUAAGCGACCCCAAAACCAGAGCCAACAGUAUCAACAGCUUGUUAUUUCUUCCUCGCCUAUUGGUACGAUGAUACCGACCCCUGGUAUGUCACACAAUGGGAGAACUCAAAUAUGAUGGUUACUUCUUCUGUGGAUGCUUCUAUGAACACUAGAAGAGGAAGUACUAGCAUUGCACCUACCACAGUCAACACAGGGAACCUGUUGCCUGCUGGAGCUCAAUCAGAACCA